AUGGCCGGGACGAUGAUCAGGGACUGGGUGCCGUCCUCUUUCACCACUAUCUUGCGCCGCGCCGGCGAACGACCGGGCGAGCGGCUGGCAGACCGACCGGGCGAUCGGCUCAGGGAGCGCGGGGACGAGGACCUGAGGAGGAGGGGCGCUCGAUCGCCGGCGCGGCGCCUGGAGGAAACCGACGAGGCUCAGCUGGAGAGGCUCUACAAACCCGUGUUCGUGCUGAAGCCGUCCUCCAUUAAGUGCUCCGAGGGCCAGACGGCCAGGUUCGACCUGAAGAUAGUGAUCAAAGAGGACGGGACCCAGUCCCUGAUCAUCGUCCCGGCGGUGCCUAAGGACUCCGGGGAGUGGACGGUUGUGGCUCAGAACAGGGCUGGACGG